UGUUACUCGAUUAGCUGCUCAGAUCGAAACAGCUCGAGAGAGAGAGAGAGAGUUCCUGUUUAGGCCUUUUUUUUGACGACGCUUCCUCUUUUAAGACCGGCGAUAACUUUACGCAUAGCAGUCCAACGGUGUUUAUGCGGAAUCAAAGAAGUAUCAUCGCUUUCUUCUCGACAUGAGUAACGAAAGCAACAAGGGGCCGCCGAGUGCUAUAACAUUCGGCUUCUCAAUAUUGACACAUUUUCUACUCGUGGCUCCAGUGAUAUAUAUCCUGGUGAUUGCCUUUGGAAACUACAGUUUCUUCUCUUGGCAUCCAAUUUGUAUGUCUGUUGGGGUCGGUCUUCUAAUCACAGAGGCUGUCUUCAGCGUCUCCGGUGAAGCAUACAUCGCUUGGAAGCUACCCAGGCGUAACAGAGUGACAAUACACUGGAUUCUACACACAAUUGGCCUGACCCUAAUCGGGAUCGGUUUUAUUAUCAUCAUCGUUAACAAAGUCAACCACAAUAAAUCUCAUUUUGCAACACCUCACUCGCAGCUGGGCUUAACGACGAUUAUACUAUCCUUCCUGACUGCCGCAUUCGGAAUCCUGGCGAACAACACCGUCUGGAUAUAUCCACGCGUAAGGCCGGUGCUCGUCAAGGUCGCUCACGCUUGCGGUGGCAUCAGUAUAACUAUUCUUUUAUUGGCUACCCUCAUCACCGGAAUCUACACCCAUUGGUGGUCCCACUCCGGUGGUACCAGCACCGGAAGAGACUUGAUCUUCGCAUCGCUAUUCUUCGCGGGCUUCUUUAUACUCUUGAAACCGAUACUCGGCACCGUUUCGAGAUGCAGAGUCGUAUUCGGACCACCUUCGAGCGACUCGUAAUGCCUGUCAACGAAGUCUGACAAAGAUCGGAAAAAAGAUUUAAUUUCACGUCGAGAAGCGGACGAACGACGUAAAGUUGUAGUCCAGAUGUAAAAUGCUUAUAUUCAAUCGAUCGGUGAAAAAUUAAAUUACCUUCGAAAUUAUUAAACUGAUUAAGUUUUGCUUGAACUAAUGGUUAUGAAGUUUAGUUUAUGCGAACAGCUUAAUUGUUCUCGACGCAACUCUUGUAAAAUAACGGAAAGGUGAAAAGCCAAAGAUUGUAGAAUUAAUCCCAGUUAUUUGAAUGUUAUACCUUGUCUGUCUCUUCAGGAAUAUUGUUUAUAUGAACUGAAGAAGAUGUUGUUAUAUUAGAAAUUACAUAUAAUUGUAGCAAAAAUCUCGAGAUCUGAUGGCCAUGUAUAUCAACUCUUUAUUGCUGCACACGCAACAUAUGUUUAUUACACAUUACAAAUUUACACGUAUGCACACGCAUGCAUAUGUAGGUAUAGUUGUGGAUGUGUUUGUAAAACAUACAUAUACAUAUUUUUUAUAACGCAAUGUACAUACAUAAUAAC